GAUGAUAAAGUGACCUGGGAGCUUGACGAUGACCCAUGGGAAUUACUGUAUUGGUGUACUGUGCUGUACCCUUCAUUGGAAAUAUAGGAGUAACACAGACUUUUCUUUGGGAUUUUUGGUCUUUUGAUUUUUAAAAAAUGGUGCAAGCGCAAUCUUUUUUUUGUGAGCUGACAGUAAGGUGAUGUUUUGCAAUUACAGACCAGACUAAUUUGUACAGCUCCGUACAGUUAAAGAAUGGAUAACGACGUAUUUUCCAUCCAACCAUUUUUCUCUGUCUGUUUGCACUUGAAAGUGGAGCUUUCACUGACAGGCCACAUGUGCAAGCAGUUGGGAUCACUGUGUCUGUGAGCCCACUGUGAAUGAAAGAGAAAGGAAAAGAGAGUAAGAUCGAGACACCAGGGAGCUGAGUAGUUACUGUGCUGUGUGUGGACUCUGUCUGUACUAGUCUAGCCUGGCUCCUCCCUGUCCCUAUCUCUCCCUUCUUCCCGCUGUCUUUCUCUCUUCAGCGAUACAUGUGCAGGGAGAGACUGUGACGCAGCCAUUCCAGAGCGUGAGCCAAAGGCACACAGACAGCACUGAUCCUCCUCCCUAUACUCCACAGGGGCACCUCAGACCCAGAGAAGAACACCUAUCUACAACACACAGCGGCAGCUGAACUUCCACAGAGGUCCGGCUGUGCAGAAACACGCUCUGCUCCACCAGGAGGCUUCCACUCACAACCUCACACACCCACUAAGCCUGUCUCUCAGCCAACCACCUGAACCACUUACUGGAUGUCCACUAUGGAAACGGGUCAGAAACGAACCAGCCGCGGCGGAGCCACCACCCAGCUCACCCCAACUCGCAUUUCCCGCCUGCAGGAGAAGGAUGACCUGUGCAACCUCAACGACCGGCUGGCCGUCUACAUCGACAAGGUGCGCUCGCUGGAGAUAGAGAAUGCUGGGCUGCGGAUGCGCAUCACCGAGUCCGACACCGAGAUCAGCCGUGAGGUGACGGGCAUGAAGGCGGCCUAUGAAACGGAGCUUGCCGAUGCCCGAAAGACCCUCGACUCGGUGGCCAAGGAGCGCGCCCGACUGCAGCUGGAGCUAGGCAAAGUCAAGGAGGAGUACAAGGAGCUCAAAGUCAGAAAUGGGAAGAAGGAGUCUGACCUGGAGGCAGCUCUGGCCCGGCUGAGGGAUCUAGAGGCUCUGUUGAACUCUAAAGAUGCCUCUCUGUCCACCGCCCUGGGGGAGAAACGCUCUCUAGAUGCUGAGGUCAGGGACCUAAAGGCCCAGCUAGCCAAGCUGGAGACCGGUCUGAGCGACGCUAAGAAGCAGCUUCAGGAUGAGAUGCUGAGGAGAGUGGACGCUGAGAACCGCCUGCAGACCAUCAAGGAAGAACUGCAGUUCCAGAAGAACAUCUACGGAGAGGAGCUGAGGGAGUCCAAGCGCAGGCACGAGUCUCGCAUGGUGGAGAUUGACAGUGCAGGAACAAAGCAGGAUUACGAGAGUAAGCUGGCCGAGGCCCUGAUAGAGCUGAGAGCCCAGCACGAGGAGCAGGUCCGCAUCUACAAGGAGGAGAUCGAGAAGACCUACACCUCCAAGCUGGAGAACGCCCGUCACUCUGCAGACAGGAACAGUACCCUGGUGGGGGCGGCCCACGAGGAGCUGCAGCAGACUCGCAUGCGGAUGGAGGGCAUGUCCACCCAGCUCAGCCAGCUGCAGAAACGGCUGGCGGCGAGUGAGGCCAGGGUGCGUGAGCUGGAGGAGUCUCUGGCCCGGGAGCGGGACAUGAUGCGCCGGCGCCUGGAGGACAAGGAGAGGGAGAUGGGGGACAUGCGCAUGCGGAUGCAGCAACAGCUGGAUGAAUACCAGGAGCUGCUGGACAUCAAACUGGCCCUGGACAUGGAGAUCAGCGCCUACCGUAAACUGCUGGAGGGAGAGGAGGAGAGACUGCGUCUGUCCCCCAGCCCUCCCCCAACCCGAGUCACCGUGUCCCGUACCACCGGCUCGGGCUCAGCACACACACUUACCACCCGUACCUCGGGCUCAGGACACAGCCACAGCGGCCGCAUGGUCCAGUCCAACAGCGGCAGCCGCAACUCCUCAGGCACAGCCAGCGCCAAGAAGAGGCGUCUCAAUGACAACGACAGUGAGACCUCCAGCCUGGCGGGGGGUGCCGUGACACGUACACGCAUCGCCCAGCAGGCCUCCGCGAGCGGCCGCGUCACCGUGGACGAGGUGGACCUGGAGGGGAAGUUCGUCCGCCUCAGCAACAAGGCCAACGAGGACCAGCUCCUGGGCCACUGGCAGGUGAAGAGACAGGUGGGCAGCAGCACUCCCAUCGUCUACAAGUUCCCUCCCAAGUUCAACCUCAAGGCAGGACAGACUGUCACAAUUUGGGCUUCAGGAGCAGGCGGCACCCACAACCCCCCCUCAGACCUGGUGUGGAAGACCCAGAGCUCAUGGGGCAGCGGAGACCUGUUCCAAACCACCCUGAUCAGCGCCAAUGGGGAGGAAAUGGCACAGAGGAAAGUUACACGCACCCUGUUCCAGGAAGAUGAUGACGAUGACGGCAACCACAGUGCGUGCGGUGUGGACAGUGAGUACAACCUGCGGAGCCGCACGGUGGUCUGUGGCUCGUGUGGCCAGCCGUCUGAUAAGAGCUGUGCCACCUCAGGGGUGUCCAGCGGCUCCUGCUCCAUCAGCAGUGGAGGUGGUCUGCCUGAGGGCCUGAUGUCUCCUCUCUUCAUAAUGGGCAGCAACUCACCCAGACAGGGAGGUCCCAGACCGGAGAACUGCUCCAUCAUGUAAAGCCAGACAGGCACCACCUUACCUAAGACAUCAACCUCCCACACAUGGAUGGGAGACGCUUUCUUACUCUUUAUUUCCUUUGUUUCAUAUAUGAUCUGUCUUAUUUUGUAUGCCAUAAUCGGCAGGUUAGAUUGACUUUGGUGUUUGGCAAAGGGCUUAGGAGCUGCGUAUUCACUUCAGCUAUAUGAGCUUGUAUAUUCUAGGUAUAUUGCAUGUGGACUGGGCAGAUAAUUCCACUGUUUUGGGCCAUGUCUAGGGAGAGAGGACCAGAAAGCACCUUUACCAUUACAGUGGACUUUGAUCCAUAGUGGGCUUUCAUGUCUAAGCUGUCAACAGUAAACACGCACAGCCGCAAAUCCUGCUAUGAAUCUGUGGACAUGAGGGCUGGAAUCAGGGUUCUCUGCCCUGUAAUUCCACAUACACUACCAUAGAAUGUCCUAAAUGUCACUAAAUAGAGAUGGAGUUAACCCCCUCUGACUCCUGGAGGAUUAUGGGGGUUUGUAUUAGACUGAGCGAUGGGAUUGGUCAUUCUAAAGCCAUAGUUACAAAGAGGAGCUCAAACUUGACACUGUCAUCAAGGUGUUUAUAUUUGUGAACACAAGACAGUAGUUUUUUGUGGAAUGACAUCUAAAUUAUUACUCAUGAAUCAGUCAGACUACUAUGGUGAUAUGGAUAUAGGUUCCAAAUUGUGACUUGUUUUCAUAGGCUUGAAAGAGGUUUGUAGUUGUUAAAGAAAGGAUACCAAAACGAGAUGAGCACACAGAUAUGGGGAAGACAAAGUAGGACUGUAUUGUAAGGUCUUGACAUGACUGACCUCUAGAAAUAGUUUCCUCUGAGAGGAUUACCUCUAACGUUGUCUGACUUGACCUCUGACCUCACCUGUGUCUUGUAUGAAAAAACAACAGUUACUGUAGGGCAACUCAUCAGAUCGAGACACACAUAUGAUUUCUAGGGACUAUUUUUGCUGCAUUUUGAGUCUGAGAUAAUUGCCAGAUGGAUUAUAGUAAUGUUACUGUAACAUUCUAUAAUGGUUUUGCAUUUUUAGGGUUGAGGGAAUGUGGCAGCUUGAGGAAUAGAUGUUCUGGUUUGUCAGACUCUAAAGACAGAAAUUGUCUGAGUUGGAAGUGUGUUGAUUUAAAUGAAAGUACAAUGCUUACCUUCUCAUGACAGCAUUGCAACAAUGUGUACAUUCUGUACCUUCGUAUCAGGUGUAGUGUCAGAAAGAAUGGGUGCAGAUGGUUAAAGAUAGUGAGCCUGGACGGCCCAUAGGGGUAGUUGGACUAUAUGGUAUUAUCUGGCCAAAAGUUGACUUUAUUAAUGAACUACACAGUAUGUUGGUGCCAUAUUUUCAGUGUAGUCAAUUACUGUGUUUACAUUUAAAUUGUGCAUAAGAACUCGCUUUGACAAGGUCAGAAAGAGUAUUUACUUGAGAAGGAAACCUAAAUGAGACUUAACAUCAAUUCCUCAUGAUAUGAUGCCAAUCCUCUGUAUUCUUGUAUUGUAGUCUUGAGACUAUUGUCCUCUCUCCCACUAAAGGAUUAUAAUGGCUGUGUUUUUCUGAGCUUAGUGGCUUUGCUUUUGGGUAUUUUUUGGGGGGUGGGGGGGGUUUCUUAUUUCUUUACAACGAUGUCAAAAAUGAGCUAUAAUCAUCUACAAAGCUUUAUCCACUUCAUAUUAGAGGCAUGUACUCGUCUGGCAGCCUUUUUAUAGGAUGUAUAAGCAGUAAAGAUUUUCUGAGAAUACUUGAUAGUUUUUGCAACAUUGUGUUUUUUUUGUACUUCAUACACAUUUCUAUCACUACCAAAUAGGAGAAAAGGUGCUUAUUCUCACUGUUAACCGAAAAACCUUAGAGAAGCUCAAACUGUCCAAGUAAAAAAUGAUUAUUACUUUUGUCACUUUCAGUAUUUCUUUUCUCAUCAUGUCUCAAGUGCCUUAUUGAUACCGGCUAGUGAUCAUUGAAAAUUGUAUUCUUUUUGCAUUAUGAAGUGUCAAUUCCAAAGAUAUGCGGUAUUGUCAUUGAAGACAAUGGAAAGAGUAUGUUGGCUAUACUUGCAUAUUUGUACGGAAAUUGUCCUGGUACAUAAUGCUCAAUUGAAUUUGUAAGAAAUGAUUAUGCCUAAUAUGGAAAAUCCAUGCAAUCCAGGUAGAAUGUACUAGUGAUUUACAAUUAUUUGCCUUUUAUGUUUGAGACCAGUAAAAUUAUUUUCCCAACA